AAAAAUAAAAAGAACUGAUGGCGUUACAACGUGUAAGUGUAUUAUUUAGAAUACUGAAAUCGACUUAUUCAGUAUGUAGUUCCCGCUAGUGACGUGCCGGCGGCCGAGCCGAGCUCCCCGAGCGUGUCCGGUAUAUAAGGGCGCGCCGCACAGUGGCCGGCUCCCGCCGACUCUGCGCGCCGACACACACGCACAAGCUAUCAACAUGGCUGUUAAAUUUCUGAGCAGGCUGUUCUUGUUAUUCGCCACAGCGCACUGCGCCGCCGACAACAUCCUCCGAUCUCCGCGGCAGUCUCCGGGGAGUAUAUUCACUGUCGGGAACGGGGAGCAGUGCCUGGGCUCCGACAGAUCCACCGGGGGCGUGUGCCUCUCGCGCAACCAGUGCAACACGCAGGGAGGGAAGGCCAUCGGAUUCUGCGGAGUGUUCGCCACUUGCUGCGCGCUGAACGCGUGCGAUGUGCGGACCAACACUAAGGUGGCAGUCUUCAUCAACCCUCCGCUGAACAGGGAGUCUUCGGGUCUGGAGUGCUCUUACAACGUGGAAAUAAACAACAACAACGUGUGCCAGAUGAGGAUAGACUUCGAGACCUUCAACCUCGCGCCGCCGACGACGGUAGAGUCAGUGGAGAACGUCACCCAGCGCCCAGGCUACACCUGCAGGAACGACAUCUUCCAAGUGACAAACCUGCAGGCCAACUCCGAUCUGUUGCCGGCACUCUGCGGCGACAACAACGGGCAGCACAUGUACAUCCGAGUGAACGCGUCCACGAACAGCCGAUCGAUCCGCAUCAACUUCAAGAUAGCGGACCGCAACACGCAGCCGAACCUCCCGCAGGCCACCUGGAAGAUCAAGGUCACGCAGCUCGAGUGCUUCAACACUCUCGGCAAGUACCGCGACGGCAUCCUGGAGGCCAUCACGUCGUCGCUGCCCUCCACCCCGUUCACGUCCUCCGCCGACCGGGACGAGUAUCUCAUCGCUCCCCCCGGCUGCCUGCAGUACUUCCCGGACCGGUCGGGCUCGUUCGAGUCGUUCAACUACAACCGCGGCGCGGGGCCCUACAUCGCGAACCUGGCCUACGCGACCUGCUUCAAGCGACCCUCCGACGUUUGCGGCGUCAAGAUAACGUCGGCGAGCUUCGAACUGGCGUACCGGGACUCCGAGAACCUGUACUUGGACACGGACUGCCAGAUCAACCCGGUCACCCAGGGCGUGGCGCAGUCCGAGGACUACCUGUUCAUCCCGGAGGCCGAGACCGCUGACGGGCUGCGUGGCACUAAGUUCUGUGGCAGCAGCGCAGCCGACCAGAUCGUAGCUUCGAUCCCGCCGGGCCCCCUGUACGUGCACUUCCACAGCGACAACCUGGUGACGGACGGCGUCCCGGAGUCAGGGUACAGGUUCAACUACAACGUGCUCAACAACUGCUACCUCAAGUAGACUCGCGGCGCUCGAAGCCGGCGCCAUCGCGGCCGCGGAGCGAACAUUGACCAGUAUCCAGUUGUUUCCGUCGCAAUUACAAGUUUCAUUGUAUUUUGAUUUUUAAAACUAUUCGUUAAUAUUAUUAGUUGAUCAGGCUCAUAAUUCUAGAUGUCAGAGUCAAUUAUGAAGGUUCGCUAUAAUAAUUUAUUUUUUAAUAACAAUUUAGCAGAUAGUAGUACUUAGUAAUUAUUCAUUAGCACUUGUGAAACACACUCAAGGCAAAUUAUAGAAUCUCAAGAAAGUUAUAUGAAUACAGAGCUGAAUCGAUUUGAGUACUCAGAUAUUUGCAUUUAUUAGUUUGUAGUUUAAUUAUAACGAUUUCAUUAUUGUGAAAAUUAUACAUAAAUAUAAGUAAAAGAAA